GCUCCCGGGAGCGGCGGUGCGGGGCCUGCGGUGCUCGGCCGGGGCGCCGUGUGAGCCCGGAGCCAGCGCGGCCACCCGAGCCCCGGCCGGGGGUGCCACAGCCCGGCCCGGGGUGUCAGUAGAAGUCCCCGCCAGUGCGGAGACUGCGGGAGGGCGUGACUGCCAUUGCCGGUUCUGAUGUUACAAUAAAGACCUGCAGAAAGGCCGCGUGUGGCCGGUUCCUACAAGUCACGAUGUUUGCUUGUACAGCUCACGCUUUUUCCUGUGGUGGCCGUGCAGCGUGACCUGUGUGAGGGGUGGCAGCGGGUGCCUCCGGUUCUGUGGCCGCGUUUGGCUCCUGCGCGCUCCCUGCCAGCGUGAGUCACAGCUGUGCGCCCAGCGCUGGACUCCGAGGCCUCGGCGAUGUUUCAUAAUAACCUUGCUGCUGCUGCUGCUGCUUCCAUAAAAGUACAAAUGCGAUGCGCAGUCCUCUCCUUACGGUUUGGAAGGAACUGACGGCCAGAGGCGCUUUGUCCUGUGGCCGCAGGAAUGGAUGCGCUAAGUGGGUGUAGUGUUUGUGUGUAACUCACUGAGGCCUGUCGCCUUAUGAAUCCAUUGGAACUUUUAAUAAUGACAUCAGGAGCACAUCCCAGGUUCCAAGCGAUCAGAUGUGUCUGGCACAGAUAAUAUAAGGAGGGAGGCAUUUUAAAACCACAUAAAAGAGUUUUCAAAAGACUGCAAAUGUCUACAACGUGGCACAUAUGAAACAACAUGAAAGAUUGACUUGUUUCAAUUUAUUUUGCCCAAAAGUCAUGCUCUGUUAAAAGAUUUAUGUAGUUCUGUACCUAAAUUAAAAUUGAUGUGGUAUGUCUUGUGCUCACUUCCUUUCUUCUCCAACAUAACUGUUGUUGAAGCUUUUUAAUGUGUGUUAAAGUCUCAGUCAACAGCCUAGCCCUUAAAUGCUGUAUGGUUAAGCUAAUUAUAGUCUUGAAUUUUCUUGUAAUAAUUUAUUUGGACCUGUAAUAUGCCAUUAAAAGUGGUCUUUCAUGUUAUUAUUCCUUAAUAAAAAGGAAAGAGGAGGAUAAUACAGGGUAAAUGCACAGUUCCCUUGGAUCACAGUAGUUUAUGUGCAGUUUUUUUCCUCACAGAACUAUUUAGCCAUCAAAAUACUGAGCUGUUGUUCUUUUGUUUGUUUUUUUCAAUGACUUGAUUGUAGCUAUUUUUUUUAGUGAUAGUUAAGUUAAUAUUUUUCAAAGUUAAUUUUAUGUAAAGCAAAAUACAUCAGGGAUGAGUGCAUGUUUUUCUUCUGCUUCAGUAGCUAGAAGAAUUGGAUUUUUUCCAAUUUAGAGUCUGUCAAAAGACAGAAAGGAAAAGGGAGAAAUAAAGUGUAUGACAAGUCAUAUAUUUAAAAUAUUUUUCCUAAUGAACUAAUGUUCUUAGUAUUUAAUUAUAAAGAUAUUCUUAGGUAAUGAUAACUGGAGAAUGAGAAGAAACCCAGCACUAUGCAAAUGCUUUUAGCUUUUGGGCAGGCUGUUAAAGAACUAGAUUGUGGUGUAGCUGAAGUUGUAAUUGAAGUGUUUCUAAAAGCAUUUAAUGGAGAAAAUACUGGUUUCUUAUGUUUCCUGCAUCUCAUUUGUGAGUGAGAAUAUCAGAACUAGCAAUGACAGGGAGAGCAUAUAUGAGAUAUUUCUGACUUUCUCACUGAAGCCUUAGAAAUUUGUAAUGAUUGUCACACAUAUGUUUUUGAUGUACAGGUUCAAGGAUUAUGUUGUGCUAGGUGGGAGGAGUGUUCUUCAUCAGUGACUUGGACUGUUUGAAGCAUUUUUAUGUGCACAGGAAUUAAGAUGGAUGAAAUGUUUCAUUGGUCAUAGCAGCAGCAGGACGAAUAAGGAACAUUGUCGUAACUGUUAAAGGGCAUAAUGCAGAAUCCGUUAACAGUUUCUGCAGCUCUGCAGUUCAGAGAUAAGGAGAGGCCAUUUCCUCUUUCCAGCUUGGGUGCUUGGACCUGAAGCCAUAGUUCAGGGAAAAUCCGGCCCAGCCUGAAGCAGGAGCACAUCCAUAGAAUGUAAUCAUUGGAAAAGUUAGCUGCUUGAAGUGCCUACUGAACACAUGCCCAGAGUCUACAGCUUUGCUUAAUUUGGGUAGCUCUCUCACAGAUGAAAGAGACAUUGCUGUGUCAUAUACAAAGGUCUUCACCUGAUGCACAGGUGGUGUUUUUUUGCAUGCUAAUCCUGCAGAGAAACAUUGUGUCCAACAAAGUAUGCUGGGUCAGCAAAAGCAAGAAACUUGUGCUGGAAAGACAGUAUCCACAGAUAAACAGAAAUCCCCUUCGGAUAUAAUACAAAGUUUUCAGAAGAAAAGUCAGUUUAGGACCAUUGCUCCAAAAAUGGUACCAAAAAUUUUAACAUCUGGAGUGGUUUCUUGCCUUCAGUCAUCUUUGCCUGAGCCAAUGACGCCAAUUUCAGCUUCGGGUCCCAAGCCCCUGGUGGUGCCAGCUCAGAACUAUGCUGUCAUGCAGGUGGCUGCUCACAAGGGCACCUUUUCCCUGCUGGCUGUGCCGUGUGUUGCACCUGCCCUAACACAGCAAGUUCAGCAGUCAACUGUGGCCCCCUCUGAAAACCUAAAGCUGCCCAUCCCCAGGUACCAAUCUGUAAGAAAUAAAUUGCUGAGUGACAAAAAACCAGCACAAAUCUCUAGUUUGAGUGCAUGUCACAAGAUUCCUAGCAAAGCCCUGGUCUCAUCACAGACUUCCCCCAUGACUCCUCUACCUGAAGACUGUCCUGAAGCUCAUUCUAGUUCAGAUUCAGCUGAGCAAGUGAUGGUAGCAGACUGUGACUCAGCUGAAAUUGGAGUUGCCACAUCACUGAAUAAAAGCAAUUGUGUGGAAUCUAGUUCGCUUUUGAUGAACAAAACUAAAAUUGCUAGCAGUAGUAUUUCUGGACCAUCUGUAGUUGAAGACUCUCUAUCCAAGCCAGCAAGUACAACUAAUCCCAUGAAACUAAGUCUACAUUCUGUGAAGACAGCAUCGGAAACCACAAGAGAGUCACUCUUGACAUCUGAGAAACUAAAGGAAAAACCCACAAAUUCUACAAGUCCUGUUGCUGUCUUGUCAUCAGCGGUUUUUGGCAGUACAAUUCAGAUGACUCCAUCAGCACCAAAAGGAAAACUUCCUAUUUUGCCUUACUCCAGAAUGAAAAAUUCAGUGUUCUGUAAAUCUAAGCAGAAUAUUAAUGUUAUGGACCUAGCUGGUCAUUCACUAAAGUCUGAAUGUGAAAAGACACCAUCUUUGAAAACCAAAGCCUUUGAUAAGCAAUUAGGGGUAUCAUUUACACAAGUCCCCAAACAAUCCAUUCGAGAAAAUACCUUCUCUCCAUCCAGUAAAGAGGAUGAUGUCGACAGUCUUAAAAAAUUGAGCAGUGCAACCCCUAAAAGAAGAGGCAGGAAAAAAAGAGCCCCGGAAGAUUUAUUGGCUUUUCAGGCCAAGCGGAGGAAAUGCAUCAUUAAUAAGUUUAGAGAAGGAAGAGAGAGGGCAAAGGUUGAUAUUCAGACACCUGAAGACAAUAAAGCAGAAGCAGUGAAGAGAUACCGCAGUAUCAGACCGAAACCAGUGGUGGUUGUGCAGGCGUUCGCCCCGCUGACUUCUGCAGCGGUCGUAGAGACGCCGUCUCGUGAGCAGGACUUAUUCUUAAAUGGUUCACUCACCAAUAAAUGUGUAAGCUCCAAGCACAGUGAUGCUACAUCAGCUAAAUCAAGUGAUCUGAGCAGAAAUACAUGUUCAGCCGUCCCUAAGCCGCUGCACAGAUGCCAGGUGUGUAACCAUACGUUCCAGUUCAAGCACCACCUCCAGGACCACAUGAACACGCACACGAACAGGCGGCCCUACAGCUGCAGGAUCUGCAGGAAGGCAUAUAUCCAUUCUGGGAGCCUGAGCACACAUAUGAAGCUUCAUCACAACGAAGGCAAAUCCAAAAAGCUGGUGUGCUGUGAAUUCUGUGCUAAAGUCUUUGGCCAUGCCAAAGUGUACUUUGGCCACCUCAGAGAAGUCCACAGGGUUGUUAUCAGCACAGAGCCCUACGCUAGCGAGCAACAGGUGCAAGAUACUUUAAAGAAGAGAGACGGGAAUGUAAAAGAGGCAGAAGAAGCUGCAGAGAGGGGAAAUAAGUGCAAUUUUGAGGACCUGUUCCAUAACCCAGGAGAAGUGAAAUUACAGGUCAAAUGUGGUCGAUGCCAGUUUAUUGCAGAGUCUUUUGGUGAAAUGAAGUUUCACUUAUUGUGCUGUCAUGGAGAAGAGAUUCAGGGAAGAGUGAAGGAAGGGGUUUUUCAAGGAAGCAGAGGAACAAAGGGGAAGCUGGUCAAACACACAACCCACGUGUGGAAACAGCACAAUGAGAGAAGACAUUUGGCAAAGUGCAGUGCCCAUCAGGAGGAGCUGUAUAAUGUUCCAAAACCAAAGAGACAGAUGUACUUCCACCAUCAAAAUAAUGCCAAUAUUGUACCUAAAAGUGAACCAAGCCAGUCAGGAAGUGGUGAAGCCUCUAAGGAGAUGCAAAAUGUGGGGUUUGGCCCACAAAGGAAAAAAAUAGAAUUUUGGUCAAAAGCAGGCUAUAACUGCAUUUUAUGCAAACAGUUAUUUGGAAGAAAAGAGGAUCUUUGUAAUCAUUGGCAGAGUCAUCAUAAUUGUGAAGACCCUUCCACUUUAUGGACAAUUUUUACUUUGGCAUCAAAAGAAGGAAUUAUUGAACUUUCUGAUAAUGGUGAAUAUUGAAGCUCAACUCUACAAUGCUCUGAAAAGCAUUAACUACCUUACCAAAUUGUUCUUUCACUGUCUUGCUAAACUAACUCAGCAGAUGUAUCACUUAAAAGGUUUGUUAGUUGGGUUUGUUGGGGAUUUUUUAAAAAGCCAUAUUAACCUUUAUUUUGGUGACUAGAAAAUGUAAACACAUUUUCUGUAUCAUUCCAGAUGGGUACAUGGAAGCUGAUUAUGAAUCGUUGUACUUAAAAUUCAUGCUUAAGGAACUUUAUGACAGCAAAUACUCAAUACUAAUUAUUAACCUCAAUGAAAUAUAUUUGCAAGUUAAAUUAUACUAUACACACAGAAAUAAAUCAAUUUAUAUAAAGAAAUCUAAGUCUUAAAUUAAAUUAAAAACCUGACUGGAAGUCAGAUCCCGAUUGUGCUCCCAGAUUUUGUGGUAAAUGCAUAUUUCCAUGAAGUUCUCUCCAUCACUUCAGUGUGCAUACAUGCAGCUGCACUCAGGAGCUUUAUAGUCUAUAAUUUAAGAACUUCUGAUUCUUGUUUUCUUGAUUUCAGUGAACAUUUCAAUGAACAUUUCAAAAAUGUUCAUUGCUUGCAGGUGUUUUUGGUGUUCUUUUCUGUCCUGGUAACAACAAAGAUAUUUGUAUUUUAGGAGUAAAAAUCUCCUGUGUAUUUUUAUGCCUGUAGCUUUCUGGGUUGAAGAUUUGGUGCCACCCAUGGAGGUAGAGCCCAGCACAUCUCCAAGGGGGCAGGUCCUGUAAGAGGGUGGAGUUCUGGAGCUUGGUUUUGGUGAAAAGGUCAUUGAAACCAUUGAAUCCAAUUUGAAAUUGAUGUUUGAACUGCUUAAAGCCUUAUGUUCCUCUGAAUUAUUUUGGGAGCAAUAAUGGAGGCAAGUCUAAGAAAUCACCACAUCAUUCUUCAGCAGAAGUCAGAGCACGUCAGAGGACAAGAAAAACACAGCAGCACUGUCCCUACAGUGUCCCACUCCAUUCAUUCCUUCUUGUGGUCAGCUGUAAUUGAGGGAGUGCAGUGAUAAAAGAGUCAUGCCUGAAAUGGCCUGGCUUGCCUCUCACUGUUUUGCAAAAAUUAUGGUCAUGAAAACAUGAGAAGAGGUCUAAAAGUGUUGAGCUUUCUGACUGGGAUUCCACAAGCUGUUGCAAUAUUUUGUGUAUGUGUUUUGUUUUUAACAGUAAAGGCUGUUUUGAUGACCUGAUAGUUUUGAAUGUGAUUUCUUGUUGUGUGGUGCUUUGCCCUGAAGUUGAACUGUAAGGUAGGAAUCAAGAAUAACAAAAGACAAAAAGAAAAUGCCCAUAGAACUGUAUUUUCCCAUGGAUUUUCAAAACUUUCUUCCUAUUAUCUGUUACUAUAAAUUCAGAUUUAUAGCUGUUUCUUUGCUUUCAUAUUUUGGGGUUUUUAUGCUGAAUUACCUUAAAAGUAGUAAUUGUUCUUAUUCUUGACACAUUCAUUUUUUAAUGUUAUGAUAUAUUAUACAUUAUUCAUAAUGUUACAAUAUAUUCAUAUUUAUUUUCACUGGCAUAUUUGGACAGGAACAGCUGUUUUUAAAGUCACUGUUUCACAUCAGACUGAGGCUGUAUUUAACUUAGUAGAGUGUGUUGCAUUUAGCAGCAUUUUUUGCCUCUGCAACUUAAUCCUUUAACUUUAAAAAUCAAACAGCAGGGUGUUUUCCAUGAAACAGAAAUGUGAGAACAAUCCCUCCUUCCCAUAGUUACACUGUGUCAAAGGGAAGUUCAUUCCCAGCAUAAAGCAUGCAUUUUAUGAGUUGGGAAAAACCAUUUAAAUGUUUUGAUCAUGGUAUUUUUUUAGAGUGAACAUUAAAUCACCCAUCCCAAGGUAUAGUUUAAAAUGAGCUGACAUAAAUUCAGUACUGAGUCUCUUCUGUUCAGGAACAGCAGCAGCCAUGGCAGAGUGGCCCUUUAAAUUAUUUUCAACAGGUAUUUGUUUAAAACAGUGUUGCAUCAGAGCCAGUGAUGUAGGUGAUUUGUUUGGGUGGUCAUCAGGGAAGAGGUGCACUUUCCCUGGAGGGGGAAGUCAGUGGUGGUGGGAGGAGGGGGCUGGAAUGACGGAGUCAGUUGCAUUUUCUUUAGUAGAAAUUUUCACGUGCAGUCUUCUCAUCACAUUUUUGUACUUCUCUCCCUUUCUCCAGGCCAAAUGGGUAAAGGGGUCUCAGCUUUCAGUGGUUUAAAACCUGAAAACAUGUUUUAAAGCAUGGUUCUAAGCCACUUCUCAGUGUCCUCAUAAAUGUUUAAAAUUAGAAGCCCUUUUUUUAAGACCCUGAAAGCAUUCUUGUGUUUCAGGCUAUUACAAUUAUGGUAGAUUAUGAAAGGUUGGGAUUUUUUGGAAAUAGCUUUGCAUUAAAUACAGAUGUGUCCUUUGUUUAAAAUGUCUUUAUUUGGCAUUUGUGUUCAUUUUGAUAAGAUUUGGAGGCCCAAAGUGAGCCUUAUAUACUGCAACUUUUAGUAGUGUGUGUUUGCUGCCCAGCAGAAGGAUUGUUAUAAAUACAGUUUGCUGUUUACCUUGAAGCUGGACAAGUUAACAUCUGGUUUUGCACACAAAUUAUGUUUUUAAAUUGUUAAACCGAAUGUUAUUGUUUUUGUAGCUGUAGUUUUGUUCCCCUCUGAUUUUUCAUUAAGUCUCUCUUUCAGUUCCACUGUUCAACUUUAAAGCCAUUCCUCACAUGGAAAGUUGUUCCUUCAUCAUCACGCCAUAAAUAACCAAAGCUGGAGGAGUUCCAUCACUUUUCUGGCUUGCAGAGUAUUGCCCUUCUCCAGCUGCAGAGCUACAGUUUCCUAUGUCUAACCUGACAUAGUUGCUGGCAGUAAAUGUUUUGCUUCAUUUAUUUAUUAGAAUUCAGCUUGCUGCUUUUUAGCUCAAUCGGAGUUGCUGUCAUACCUCAUUAGAUACUUAUUUUAUCUGCUGUUCACUGAGCUCUUUGAAGAAAGUGGCAUAAGAAGGAUGAACAGGUAUUUAAAGGAGCAGAUUUCUGCCCAUUUCAUGCAGAUGAUGCUGAUGUUUGAGGAUCACCAGCUUAUCUAGGCUCAGCCAUGUAGUACAUUGUAUUUCUACAACACAUCCACCUACACGUGCAUCUAUUUUGGAACGAAACGUAUACUUCAAAUUCAGCUGUCAGUUACUGUUAUCAAACCCGAGCAAUGCAGGUUUGGGAUUGUUAUGCAUAAAGAUUAAAAUGCUAUUAACUGUAGUAGGUUUGCUUGUCAAAUUCCGUAUAGCUCUGAAAAAUGAAAAUCUCUGUGUGCUGAGUAUGACACAGAAAAAAUCUGGUCUCAUGAAGAAAAGUCUAAUGGCUUAAAGGUUGUCCUCAUUUCAGUGUGCACUUUUAUAGCUGAUCUGUCACAUUACAGGAUUUUCUCCACUUUUUAUGAAAUUGCCAUAAUUUUUCUUGGUGAGGAGGACUGAAGAAGACCUGAGUCUUCAAACAAGUUUCAGUGAAAAAUGUGUCUCCUUUUUUCUAAACAAGCAGGAAUGUUCCAUGGACUCAAAAGUCUUGGUGCCAUUUUAUAUAUAUACAUAUAUAUAUAUAUAUAUAUAUACAUAUGCACAAUGUGGGGAAACAUGCAAGGUUUGGGGUUCAGUGUAUCACUCUAUGAGGCUGACCAUUCUGCAGUUCUCAAGUUCUCAGAAACUAGAAAUUUCAGUGUAAAAAUAACUUGGUUUUCAGACUUGGGUGAAUUUCUAAUACCUUAUUGACAAACCUUC